GUCCGAACCACCCGGCCUCGCUUUUCUCGUCUUGUCCGCCACACACAUUACUUUCACGUCACAAUUUUAGAAUUUAAUGCCGAAACAGAAAACAAAAAAAGAAGCAAAUCGACAAUUAAAGUAUAUAGAAAGAAUCCAAAAAGGCUAAUAAAUUACGUGUAAUACGUACUUCUCUGCAAUAUAUACACAUUGAUCAAACCAUUAAGAGUCUCUACAGUAUACUCCAUAACAAUGGAGAAGAAUUCAUCAGCUCAAUCUUCGUUACAAAACCCUAGUACUACUACGACAACAACAUUCAAACAUACCAAAUUUCUCAAAUUCCAAUAUCCCAAUCUUAUUAUUAUUACUCUCUUCCUUUUCUUCUUUUCCAUUAAAGCUUCAUCAGAUUUCCCUCAGAUCUCAUACACACAAUACUGUAACGACGUCGUUUCCAACACCCCUUUAGCCCAAAUUUCAACCCCUUUUAACGCUACAUCAAAAUUCCUCACUCUUCGCAACGCGUACAUACACGCGCCGGUUGAUAUUGCCGGUAAAUUCAAGCCCAAAACCCUAAAUUUCUAUACAGACAAUGUUUAUCCGACCCAAAAUGGUAAAAUCUUUAAACUUGAAGGUGGUUUAAGGUUUGCAGGUAAAAUUGGUGAGGACUUUUUUGGUAAUUUUAUUCACCGGAGACAACUCCGGUUAGUUUAUAACCGACCACCUAGGUUUCCGACAAGAGGUUUCGGGUAUUCGAAUGAGUUUCGGGUUUCGGGUUUUUGGGAUUCGGGUAAUGGAAAGGUAUGUAUGGUGGGGUCAGGUUUAAAGAGGUUAAGUUCUAUUGAUGUUGUACUUAAGUUGAAUUAUUUGAAUUCAUCUGAUAUUUUGCAUAGUGUAGUUAAUGGUACAUUGGAAAGAAUUGAUGUGAAUGAUAAGAAUGUGUAUAGUAAGCCUGUUGAGAUAGUUGGUUUGUCUUUGAGGAAUUAUGUGUAUACUUUGAUUGAUAAAGAGGUUGAGAAUCAUGGGUUUAGUGAAUAUGGUGAUUGGUCUAACGUUUCGUUGGGAAUGGAAACGGAUAGGAGUUUGUGUGGAGUUAUAAGUCGUGCUGGGACUAUGGAAAUGAUGUAUUUGGGUGAUUGUGGUGAUGGGAAUUGUGAUUUUCUUGGUGGUGAUGUGUCGAGUUUUAGGCCGACGUUGAUGUGGUUUAAUGAGAUUGAGUGUGGAGAUAAUGGAAGAGGGAGGUUCUUGUUAAGUUUUGGUGAUGGCGUGCGGACUAGACCGAGUUAUUUGAUUAAUCAAACAUUGGUUGCUGAAGGGAAGUGGGAUGAGAAGACGAAAACAGUUGAUAUGAUUGGUUGCCGGAUUUUUAAUGGAAGUGAUGCAGCUGAAAAGGGUUUUGUUGGGGAUUGUGUUGUGAGGCUGAGUUUGAGGUUGCCUAAGCAAUGGACUUUGAAGGAGAGGAGUGUUGUUGUUGGGGAGAUUUGGAAAAGAAAAGACUCGAAUGAGUCAAGUAAUUAUGGUAAAGUGGCUUUGCACAGUGUAAGAAAUCUGGUUAACAGGAUUGAUGGAUUGACAUAUGAGUAUACUGUGAUUGAUAAUGUGACUAGGUCUUGUGCCAAGGCACUGGCUUAUAAAGGGAAGGGAGGGAAGUAUCCCGAUGUACAUUCAUCUGAUAUGAGAUUUGAUAUGACAGUGAGGAACAGGAAAAAAAUAGAUAUUUUCAGUUAUUCAUCUCCAUUGUCUGUAGGGGAUAAGUUUUACCAGGGUGCAUCUGGUUCUUCUGUUCAAGUAAAUGACAAUCAAAGUGCUGUGGUCAAUAUAAGCUAUGUGCUGCACUUUGUUGCUCCAUCUCAGUUCUUGUACAGUGAUGAACAUACUCCUAUGGCAAUUGAAAUUUCUGCUGAAGGUUUAUAUGGUUCGAAGAGUGGACAUCUUUGCAUGGUUGGCUGUAUGUAUUUUUCAUCACGUCAUGGGAUUUUACAGAGAAAUUCUUCGCUAGACUGUGAAAUUCUAGUUAAUAUUCAGUAUCCACCUUUGAAUACUAAAGUUGCCCGUGGUGUUAGAGGUACCAUUGAGAGCAUGAGAAAAAAGUCUGAUUCUUUUUACUUUGAACCCUUGGAGCUUAUAUCAAAUUCCGUCUACAUUGACCAAGCCAGAAAUUCCAUGUGGAGAAUGGAUCUGGAAAUGACCAUGGUUCUAAUUUCCAAUACACUUGCAUGCAUCUUUGUGGGUCUGCAGCUCUUUUAUGUGAAAAAGAACCCAAGUGUGCUUCCGUUUAUCUCUGUUGUCAUGCUAGUUGUACUCACACUUGCACACAUGAUCCCUCUGUUGCUGAACUUUGAAGCUCUAUUCUUGGUCAACCGGAAAAAGCAGAAUGUUUACUUUGGUAGUGAUGGAUGGCUUGAAGUAAAUGAGGUUUUAAUUAGAAUCAUGACAAUGAUAGCAUUCUUGUUGGAAUUCCGUCUUCUCCAGCUCACAUGGUCUGCAAGAGCAGGAGAUCAGACUCCCAAAAAUUAUUGGAUAUCUGAUAAAAAGGUUCUGUAUUUGUCUUUGCCAAUGUAUAUCUGUGGUGGAUUGAUUGCUUAUUUUAUCCAUCUGUCGAGAAAUCACCCUCACCAGAUGAAGCUUGUAUUGUCGCCACAUUUUCAUUACCAACAGCAAACUUUCUGGGGGGAGAUCAAAUCAUAUGCCGGUUUGAUCUUGGAUGGCUUUUUACUUCCUCAGAUUCUGUUCAAUUUAUUCUGUAAUACAACUGAGAGGGCUCUCACACCUGGUUUCUAUAUUGGAACCACCCUUGUGCGCCUAAUGCCACAUGUAUAUGAUCUUUACAGAGCUCACAGCAAUGCGUGGUCGUAUGAUUAUAUUUAUGGAAACCCAAAAAUGGAUUACUAUUCCACUGCUUGGGACAUCAUUAUCUGUUGCGGGGGUCUGCUCCUUGCUGUUCUCGUUUUCUUGCAGCAGAGAUUUGGUGGUCGUUGUUUUCUUCCCAGAAUAUAUAGAAAUAGCUCUGCGUAUGAGAAAGUACCUGUAGUCAGCACUGAGUCAAUUACAGAAGAAUAAACUGUCAGUAGAUUUUUAUUUUAUUUUUUUAAUUUGAAGAAACUUUCAUUUCUCCUGUUACUAGCUUCGUUAGCUUCCAACACUUAUAUUUAUAUGUCAAAGAUUCAAGAUUGUAUAGAUGAAGUAGUUACUUCAAGCCUGCUAAAGAAUGAUACGUCUGGUAAAGACUUAAAGUUUCUAUAUAUUGGUAGUUAACUCUUCUUUCA